AUGGAACAAGUGUUAAUAGAAACAGUAUUAGAAACACAGAUGCAACAAAAACGACAAAAGAAGAUUAUACUUCCAUCGACAGAGGAUAUUAGAAAACUGGAUAAUUAUUUAACAGAAAAACGACAAGAAGCUUAUAACAAUUUGACGAAAGAAUAUUCAUAUAAAGAGUGGCUAUCUUUGCUGGAAACAACUCUCAUAUCGGUGCAAUUGUUUAAUCGUCGACGAGCUGGAGAGACUGAAAGAAUACAAAUAUCAGAAUUUCAAAAUUAUCACAGUAUUGAUGAAGAAACGAAUAAAGAUAUGUAUAAAUCAUUAUCAAUGGAAGCACGAAGAUUAGCAAAGAAAUAUGUCCGUUUUGUAAUACGUGUACCUCGUGAAAAUCCAUAUCUCUUUGGAAUACCAAGUUACGAUAAGAAGAGAUAUAAAUAUUUAAGGGCUUGCAAUUUAAUGCGGUCUUUUUCAGUAGCAUGCGGAGCAACCAUGUCACAUACAUUACGUGGAACACAAUUGAGAAAACACAUAGCAACUAAAUGUAUUUCUCUAAAUUUAUUAGAGUAUCAGGUGAAUGAUUUAUCAAAUCAUUUGGGACAUUCAGAUAAAAUACACAAAGAGCAUUACAGAUUACCUAUUGCUAGUCGAGACAUUUUACAAGUAUCAAAACUUUUGGAAUAUGCGCAAGGUGAAGAAAAAAAUAACAAUGAGGACGAAAGUACUGAUGACGAUGAUGAAUCUGAUGUAUUGCUCAAAAGAGAUUCAUGUAAUGAUGAAAACCGAUCAUUCUCUUCUGAUGAAUAUCAGAUGAACAUACAUUAUCCAGUAAAAAUCAAAAUUUAUUUAAGGAUUGUGAAGAUAAUCUAA